AUGGAGUAUUUUCCUAGCAUUCAACCUCCUGAUGAGGGCAUUAACAUCCACGACAUUGCGAGGCAGUGCAAUCUGGACGUGAAAGAGGUGAUUAACGAAACGGCACAGCUGAUCUACGAAGGCGAGUUGUUUACAACGACGGACGAUGAACAUCUCAUGACUACAACCUCUUAA